AUUAAUAGAAGACAUUACUAAUAUCACCCAUUUUAUUUAUUAAAAACUGAGAAUAAACUUGAAAUUGGUACUAGAAGAAUAUCAAUCAACGUGGAUCUAUCUGCAUCCCCUUUUGGAGGAUAUUUUAAAGAUUGAAGAUGCCGGCCACCCGUGCUCCAUAAGACACCUAAUUUGUUCCGAUUUUGAUCUAGAGAUCAUUGUAGAAGUUAACAUCCCAAUUCAGUGGCUGAGACGAUCGAGAAGAAGGGCAAGGAAAAUUGAAGUGAGAGAAAGCAUCGUUAUAUACUAAUUUAAAAAAACAAAUAACCUCUUUCAAAAUUCACUCUAUUUUUCUCAUACGGAAUACUUUAUGUUGGAAAUUCUUUAAAAGUAACAUAUGGAGAGUAUCAGAGUAAAGUGUUCUCCUUCUUGACUAUCAAACUUCAAAGUAUUAGUACUGCUGGUGAUAUUCAUAAAUUGGACCUGUUUUCAAGAAUGCAUAGCCAUGGCCUGGGCAGCGAAAGAGAUCCGCUCUUGAACAGACACGGAGGAAGAAAAAGAGAUGGUUCAACUGAGAAUGGGCAGCUCAUUGACCUCGAGCAAGGGGGUGAAGUGCCGGCACCAAAUGUGGGAUUUUGUCGUGUCCUUUCACUUGCUAAACCUGAAGCAUGGAAGUUGACCCUUGCAACGAUAGCACUCUUGAUUGCAUCAACAUCUAGCAUUUUGAUACCAAAAUUUGGGGGAACCAUUAUCGAUAUUGUUUCAAGGGAUAUCCAUACAGACGAACAGAGAGCUGAAGCUAUAGGAGCUGUCAAAGGCACUAUUCUAGAAAUAUUUUUGAUUGUGAUAGUUGGUUCAAUCUGCACAGCACUUCGUGCAUGGCUGUUCUCUUCUUCUAGUGAAAGGGUUGUUGCUCGCUUGAGAAGGAACUUAUUCAGCCACCUCAUUAAUCAAGAGAUAGCCUUCUUUGAUGUGACUCGCACUGGGGAGCUCCUUAGUAGGCUCUCUGAAGACACUCAGAUCAUAAAAAGUGCAGCAACAACUAACCUUUCAGAGGCUCUCAGGAAUCUUUCUACCGCAUUUAUUGGUCUUGGUUUCAUGUUUACAACUUCAUGGAAAUUAACAUUGCUGGCUUUAGUAGUUGUUCCAGCUAUAUCAGUCGGUGUACGCCAAUUUGGCCGCUAUAUGCGUGAACUUUCCCAUAAGACUCAAGCUGCUGCUGCUGCGGCUUCAUCAAUUGCUGAGGAAACUUUUGGGGCAAUACGCACAGUAAGGUCAUUUGCACAAGAAGAUUACGAGAUAUCACGGUACACAUUGAAAGUGGAAGAGACAUUGAACCUUGGACUUAGUCAGGCUAGAGUGGUAGGUCUUUUCUCUGGAAGCUUAAAUGCAGCUUCAACUCUAUCAGUUAUUAUUGUAGUACUCUAUGGAGCUACUUUAACAAUUAAUGGCUCAAUGACAGCUGGAUCUCUGACGUCAUUUAUUCUUUAUAGUUUAACUGUUGGAUCCUCGAUAUCUGGACUAUCUGGAUUAUACACUGCAGCAAUGAAAGCUGCAGGAGCAAGUAGGCGUGUUUUUCAACUCAUGGAUCGUGUCUCAUCAAUGCCAAAAUCAGGAAAUACUUGUCCCUUGGGGGGUCAAGAUGCGGAGGUAGAAUUAGAUAAUGUUUGGUUUGCUUAUCCAUCCCGCCCCAAUCAUAUGGUCCUCAAGGGUAUUACAUUGAAACUACAACCUGGGUCAAAGGUUGCACUGGUUGGUCCAAGUGGCGGAGGCAAGACUACAAUAGCUAACUUGAUUGAGAGGUUUUAUGAUCCCAUCCAAGGAAAGAUCUUGCUCAACGGGGUUUCUUUGCUAGAAAUUUCUCAUCAACAUUUACACCAAAAGGUCAGCAUAGUGAGCCAGGAACCUGUUCUUUUCAAUUGUUCCAUAGAAGAGAACAUUGCAUAUGGCUUGGGUGGCAAAGCAAGCAUGAGCGAUAUAGAAAAUGCAGCUAAAAUGGCAAACGCUCACGAGUUCAUAUCAAAUUUUCCUGAGAAAUACCAAACAUAUGUGGGAGAACGUGGGUUAAGGCUUUCAGGAGGCCAGAAACAGAGAAUAGCAAUUGCUAGAUCUCUGCUGAUGAAUCCAAGGGUUCUACUUCUGGAUGAGGCUACAAGCGCACUUGACGCAGAAAGUGAAUAUCUUGUUCAGGAUGCCAUGGAUUCUCUGAUGAAAGGGAGGACUGUACUUGUCAUAGCUCAUAGGCUUUCCACGGUGAAAAGCGCAAACACUGUAGCAGUGAUCUCUGGCGGGCAGAUAGUUGAGAGUGGCACUCAUGACGAACUUCUCAGCAAGGAUGGCAUUUAUACAGCACUGGUGAGGAGGCAGUUGCAGGCACCCAAAGACGAAUAAGGAAGCGCCGUGUACAAACAGAUUUCACAGUAACCACACUUAAGUAUGAUAACUUCAUCCACUUCUUUUCAGCCCAUAGAAACUAUCAGUCUCAACAUAGAAAAGAUUACUUAUGUGGACGAAGAAGAGCCAUCUUUUUAUAUCCAACAUAUGGGCUGCCAAUCUUUUUGUUAAUUGUUUUUUCACCUUUCAACUAAAUGGUCGUUUCAUCAUAUCCCUGAUGCUCACGCAUGUUAUCAUUUCAGUGUUGCUUAUGUAUUUAUUGAAUCCAGUUAUUGACUUGCUUCAGGUACUUCUGAAAAUGUAAUGCAAAUUUCAAUAUUCUUAUUGUUUCGCUUCAAAUUCUUUGUGUCGAAUUAUUUCAGUAAACCGAUUGCACUUUU